GGGGCGGGCUCCGAGCGGUCCCCGGGGCGUGCGGCGGCGGCGGGCGCAGGUGCUGAGCCAGGAUGGGCUUCGCUGAAGACCAAGUGUACAAUUAUAUUAUGAGAAACCUCAAGAAUUUCAGGAACAUCCGUGUGGCAUCGCUGGCCGAUACCAUGAGCUGUCUGACCGAUGCCGACAGGGAUGAACUUCAUGCCCGGGAGGAAACGCGGGGGAGCCAGGCCACCGUCUAUUACUUUUACCAGCACCUGAAGUGCCGGCAGGGCUGGGUGCUGGAUCUCAUCGACGCGCUGCGCUACAACAACGCGGGGCACCUGGCCGACGAGCUGCAGCACGAGUAUGACUCCUGGCAAGCCCGUCGCCCAGCUCCUGCUCCUGCCUCCUUCCCUCCCGUAGCCAACAAUGGCCAUCCUGCUGUCUCCUCCAUCAGUGCCCAGACGCCAUCCCUGGGGCUGAACCCAACUCCAGGAGCUCCACUGGCUGAGCGACGAAGCCAAGACCACCCUGCUGGCAGCCGUCCACCUCUCCUGCCCAGUGAUGCCACCACCACAAGCACAGACCUGGACGCCAGGGCCCCGGUGCAGGAAUCGCUCUCCAAAAAUGUCCUGGAGCAAGAGAGUUCUCAGCCACCUCCACCUGGGAGCAUGGUCCAUGAUGGGGCGAGUGAUGGGCACAGUGGAGAGGGGCACCUCCUGCACCCCACCAAGGCCCCACAGGUGGCAGCAGGGACCCCUGUGGCAGCCAGUGUGGCCGUGCCAUCGGCUGCCCCCUCCGAGUGGGGCCGGGACUGGCUGAGCCGCCAGCAGCACCCAGUGUGUGUGGACAAUGGGUGUUUUGGGAACGCCAACCACCUGCACCGUGGUGCACCCAGCUUGGGUCUGGGCAGGUCUCUUCUGCCAAGGGACACAGGCGUUGCUCACAGCCCUGAGCAGCCCAGGAACGAGCCCGAAGAGAACGUCUAUGUCUCCACUGGGUCGCUCCCAAGGCUGGAGGAGACUGCUCACAGUGGGGGGCAGCAGCCCCCAAACUCGCUGCCAAAAAAACAGGCUGUGUCUGGCCCUGAGCAUGGAGAGCCCCCGAGCAGCUUCGUGGAUGUGCGCAGCCCCCUCCUCAUACAGCAGCAGUUCGAUGCGGAGCAGAAGCAGGUCAUGAUGCUGCGAGAGCACAGAGGAGAUGAAGUAGGCACUCGGAUGGAAACAGCUACUCCGGUCGCUACCCCUGCGCCCAGAGAUGCUUUUCCAUCCUGCGACACCUCCAUGAAGCCUCCUGUACAAGAGAGGAACAUGCCCCCAGGGGAGAUGGCCAGCAGCACAUUCUCCAUGCCAAUGAAGGAGAAAGUCCUCAUGGCCUCGUUGGACCCUCUUCCAACUGAUGCGGGAAGCUUUGAAGGCACAUCUGCGAGGACAGCACCCCAGAUGAGCUCUGCCACGAGCAUCUGGACUCCUUGCACCAACAUGGAGAGCGACAUGGAGCUCAGCAAGCCAGGUGUUCUUCUCUCCAUGGCUAGGGAGAGACCAGAGGCAACUGGCAGAUAUCUGAGGUCUCGGGGGCCCGAUGGCUCCUGUUCUGGGACAUCCAGUAGCCUCACCUUGAACAGCGACCCGCUCAUGGUGAGCACAGAUAGCUCAAGCUCAGGAGAAUUUUCCUCUGGAGUCGCCUCAGGAUGUCUGGCUCCAGCAGCUUGUGAAGACCCCAGGGGAGAGGAGGCAGCCAGAGCAAGCAGAUACUCCUGUCCAUCUCCAAGAUGCAACAGCACCUCCUUGGGCACCCAUGACAUCCACGUGGACCAGGAUCCCAGCAUCCAGCUUGGGACAGGCAACGACCUCCGAGAUGGAGCCGGUUCCCUUGGAAACCCUCCAGAUUUUGUCUCAAACAGAGGCCAUGGCACUGUGAGCAGCUCGUCUCAGGCCAGAGUCCCCCCAGGGGACAGCAAUGGACCGUCUCUGCCAUACAUUGUUCCAGCUGUGGGCAUUGCUGUGAUUUCUGCUGUGGCGUUUCUGGUGUACACUCGAUUGCAGAAAUAGCGCUGGAGUGGGUGGGAUGCCACAACCAUCACUCAGCCUGGGCAAUUCCUUUUUGUAGCAGGAAUUUUGCCAGUGCAUAUGAAGCCUGAAGAGCAGCAGCAGGGGGGGCAGUAGGGGCGUUGUUAAAUCUCUUUUGGGGAGUUUUGCUGAAAGGGGCCUUGGUUGUGUGAUGCUGUUGGGUUUGGGUCUGUUCCCCGCCCAUUUCCCAAGCAUCUUCUUGUUGUAGCCUUCUCCUUUUAUAGCCACAGAGAGGCUCUUGCUCAGGGAAUGAGCCCUUGAGUCAAAAAAGAAAGUUCUCAUGGCACUUCUCCAUGUCUUGCUUGUUUGGUCACAGGGAAACAUGUCCUGGUAGUCCAAAGGGUGACCUCCCAGGUCCCUCAGGCAGUGCAGCAAGGAGAGGUUUUGCAGAGGUUCUGCAAAAGUGGAGCUGAGUUUGUCCACUCGGUUCAUCUUGGUUUGAAAAUGUGUCCAAGCGUCUGUGCAGCAGCCUGCACCAGGUGCCCUGUGUUGAAUUUGCCUUAUUUGGUGUUUCUGGCUCUGCUGCUGGGACCUUGACUCAUCUCUGCUGCUCCUUUCCCCAGGUGCUGGGUGCGUGGGCAGGACCCUGGUGCAGCAAGUCAUGCUGCCUUCUGCUCAUCUGUGACAAGAGAUGUCCCUGUGAUGAGAAUGCACCAGCUGUCCCCUCUCCCAGGAGCUGUUGUCCUGCCUUGGUGCUUUGCUUUGGAGCAUCAUCCCCUGGUCCUGAGGAUCAGGGAUAGGCUCUGGGAUCGAUUCAUGCAGCCCUGACACACUGGGGAUGAAGCUGAGGGUCAGGAAAGAGCCAUAUCUAAGCAGCUUUCUCAAGGAUCAACAUCGUUUCACCCUCUCCAAGCAGGGAAAGAGGGUUAUUCUUUAAGAGGAAUGUUUCAUGCAAUGCCAGCAUUAAGCAGACUCAGUUCCACACAGGAUUGUUGGAUGUUUUUGCUCCUUAGGCUGUAUUUUGGAGCCUGGCUAGAAGGGUGAAUGUAGUUCUCACCUUUCCUGGCACCUGGGGCUAUGGGAUAGGAAUAUAGGAAGCUUGCGUGUCCAGGCUGGGACACAAAUAGAAUCAACCCUGUGCACUGCAGGGUGGUUGAGAUGCCCUGGCUUCUCUUGAAGGUCUCACAUAAAAUUGCAGCCCAUAAUUUUCCUUUUCAGCUUGGAAUGCAAAGGGAUUGGGCUACAAGAUUUCUAAGACAAAAUUCUGAUACCCAAAUAAAUAUCCCCAGCUUCUCUCUGCCCGGGGCAGCUUUCAGGGGCAGGAGCGACUCUACUCAGUUGCUGUUGCACACAUUUCCAACUCUAGGCAGAGUUUAGUGAUGUGACUUCUGUUGCUGCAACUGCAAGAUGUUCACCUGCUCUCAUCUGCUCCCUCCCAAAAGCAGAGGGGCACAAAGGUAACAGAACUACUUUUUUGUAGUUAGAGAGUUAAUUUAGCUAGAGGACUUCUAGUUCUUUUUAAGCUCUAAAGGUGCCAGUGCAGACUUUUGGGUUGUCCUACCCUCCCAUGAUGCUGCGUGGCAAGCAGGGAGCUGUGGCAGGAGGCAGGACUGAGUACAACAAUUGGCAAUCUGGUGGUGGAUUUGCACAGCAGAAGGGUCGUGGCCAUGAGCUGGCAUGGUUUGGAUCCAUCGAGCCCUCAAGAAUGCCAUGGGCAUUAAACUAUUGAAGUGGGCUGGUGCUGAAGGCCAGGCUGUUGCUUCUUCCCUGCUUUACUGUGUCCAGUAACUUAUUCCUCCUGGAUUCCUUCCACUUGGCACAGCUUCCCAAAAUACAACCCUCCUGCUGGCAGGGGAGCAGGAGGGAGAUGAACUCCCUGACGCCUGGCUGCAAAGUGCAGCCAUCGUGCCCGGAGCUCAGCCUGGGGUGGGAAGGGUCUGUCAGUCCCAUGAGAGGGCACACGGCUGCUCCUCCCUCCUAACAGUUCCCCUUUGCCCAAAAAUGCAAGAAGUGCCUCCCUUAAACGAUAAGGACAAUAAAUAUAUGCAAUAGUGAGGUGUUGAUUUUGAUCUGACGAGCCUGCUCUUCAGGUGAACUUGAGAUGUUCAUCACUUGCUCAGUGCCUGGCACUUCAUCCCUCAGAGGAAGGGAUGGUGCUUUUAAAUACCCUUGACCUCCUCUGCUGAGAAGAGGGAACGUGGGGGCUGGCCUUCCCAUUUGAAGAUAACGUGGUGACUUGUCCAAAACCUCCCCAUAAGCAGGGAGAAGGACCUGGGAUUCCCCAUCAGCAUUCCCCAGUAUGCUGGUAGUUUUUCCUCAGCUUUUGUAGUUUCAUCAGUGAGGGCUUUGUAAAGCCCUGUCACCCCCCUGUGAAAGCUGCAGUUUUCAGCACUAAGAAUUGCUCUUUGUUUGCAGUCAGUAAGGAAACCUUCCCAAAUCCUUUCACCUUGUUAAAAGACUCAUAUUUACAACUGAAUGUGGCAUUAAAAUAAAACAGAAUACAUAUCUUAAAGCAGAGUACACGAGCCUGCAUAACCACAUCUCAGAAUCCAUCCCCAAAUUAAUUAAGGGGGGGGGGGGUGGGUGUGCCUUCACACGCUUUCUGUGUGACUCAGGAGGAAGCCUGUGAGAUCCCAAACCAGCAGCAUCCGUACCAAGGCCCUGUUCUCUGAUGCUUUACUUGUCUGCAAAAUUCGUUGUGUAUUUUCCCACUACUUUUUAAGCAGUGAAUUCUGUGCUUUGCCUUUUCGCAUCAAAUUACUCUUGUGAAACAGCUGGUUUAUCACCACUUCAGGCUCGAUAAAAGUGCACCUUCAGUUUUCUGCUGUGAAGUGCUGGUAUUUUCACAGUUGUGAUGGAGCACUUUAAAAGCGGGAUCAGCAGGUGAACCUGUAGGAGGGAACUGUGUUCCUGCAAAUCUUUUUAAAAAAAAAAAAAAAAAAAGCUUUUUA